AAGGACAGCCUUUGGUGGGAUGGUGGUGCUGACGCAGAAGUUGAUGUAAUCAGAGACACAAUCUGUCAGCCCAUCAAUGUCCUCAUUAGAACCUUUGCUGAAAGGUGUGAGCUAAGAUGUCUUUUACAGAUUCAAACAUCUCAGAUGUUCUGUCACAUGCCUCCCUUCCCAAAAUCAGUGCUGUGACCGUAUUUCCUGUGCUGCUUCCUGAUCAGAGGAAGUGGUGAGGAGGACAUAUGGUUGUGGUCAGAGCGCUCCUCUAACCAGCAGGGAACAUCUACCCAGUAUGUUUUAACCCAGAACAAGGAGGAAAGGUGAUGGACAGAACCCCUGAAUUAUUGAGGACAUGGGGGCAGCAGCGGCUCAGCAGCCUCUUCUGGAGCCUGGAGAUGAGCAGCCAAGCAGAAAGUGUGUCAUUUAUUCUUCAGGCGCAUCCAUGAGUCAUGAAGACAAGCAGAACACUGCUGGAGCCGAAGGGGCAAAAGAAACAGUUGCUAAGGAGACCCUGGUUCUGUCCUGAUUGCAUCGACUCAUUGACUCUUCAGCAAUCCCUCACACCAAGCAUGCUUGUAGCGACAGUGGAGAGGAAAAACUCCCUCAGUGUGAGCGGCCAUCUGCUGAGGCCGACUGGGGAGACAGAAGCAGACUGACUGGUUCUGUCCUGACUUGUUCCGUUCUGACUGGUUCUGUCCUAAGUGGUUCUGUUCUCACUGGUUCCAUCCAGGGUGGUUCUGUUGUGACUAGUUCUGUCCUGACUGGUUCCUUUCUUACUGGUUUUACCUUGACUGGUUCCAUCCUCACUGAUUCUGUGCUGACUGGUUCUGUCUUCUGUCCUAAAUGGUUCCGUCCUGAAUGGUUCUGUGAUGACUGGUUCUGUGAUGACUGGUUCCAUUGGGAGCGGUUCUACCCUAACUAAUUCCAUUCCAACUGGAUACGAUCCAACUGGUUCCAUUCUGACUGGAUCUACACUGACUGGUUCUGUCCAGACUUGUUUGUUUCUUACUGGUUCGAUCCUGACUGGUUCUGUUCUGACUGGUUCAAUUCUCGCUAGUUUUGUCCUGACUGGUUCAGUUCUUCUUGGUUCUGGCCUGACUGGUUCUGUACUGACUGGUUCCGUCCUGAAUGGUUCUGUUCUGACUGGUUCUGUGAUGACUGGUUCCAUCGAGAGCGGUUCUACUCUAACUAAUUCCAUUCCAACUGGAUGCGAUCCAACUGGUUCCAUUCUGACUGGAUCUACACUGACUGGUUCUGUCCAGACUUGUUUGUUUCUUACUGGUUCUGUCCUGAGUUGUUCCGUUGUGACUGGUUCCAUUCUGACUGCUUCUGUUCUGACUGGUUCCUGCUAAGGAAUACUGCUCUCUGACUGCCCUGGGGAAGGAGGGGUGUGUGUGUGCAUGGUUUCCAUGGUGAUGAGAAACAGGGCAGUAACCAUGUGACCCUCUGAGUACCUUAGUGCUUCGACCGCCCAUCUCACUCUCUCUAUCUGUGACAUCACAGAGAUGUGACACUGGUUUAAGGCGCCAGUAGAAGAGGAUCAGAGAGCUGUGAGGUGUUGAGGUUCUGAUCCGUUCCACGGUUCUGGUCUCUUCUCUGGGUCAGACAUUCAGCAGUGUUAAUUUUUCACUUCCUUUAAAUCUUGAUUUCUUUGAACAAAAGGUUCAGUUUCAGAACCGCUCUGAUUGAAGGCAGGGUUCCACUGUAGUUCCAGAUCCAAACAUUCAGGAUGUUCUGCUGAUUUUUGGCUCCCUUUUCAGAGAAGAACUUUGUGGACGUUGAAGGUGUUUUCGUCCUCUGCUGGUUCUUUUCCUUUGGUUCUGGUCAGGUUUUGGUGUCCGCCGUAUUCCGAUGUUCUGGAAGAACGCUGCCUGGUUUUGGGAUGAUGCCGCAGGGGAUGAGGAUGAUGAUGGUGGGUUUCUGCUUGCAGCUGACCUCAGAAGGACUCCGGACUCUGCUCCAGACACUGACCUAACCUGGACCGGCACCAUGGCCAGCACCACGCGGUCCAUCAGUAAUGCGGCCACCUCAUGUGGACCCAAAGAAACUACCCGCCACAGCACGGUGUCUGUUCGGAUUGGCAGCCAAGAACCGGACCAGGGCAACUACAGUGGCUGUGUCUCCUCUGGGUUCUGUGGACCACAGCACGCAGCCGUAAGCAUCAUUCGAGGCAACGACGGGUUUGGAUUUACAAUCUUCGCGGAUUGUCCGGUCCGAGUCCAGGCGGUUGAUCCAGGAGGACCAGCUCAUCAGGCAGGACUCUGUCAGGGAGACUCAGUUCUUCAGCUCAAUGGACUUCCUGUAGAGACCUGGAAAUGUGCGGACCUUGCCCAGGCCAUCAGGAGCUGUCCCUCCCAGGUUGUCCUGGUGGUCUGGAGAGGUUUACCUGAGUUGAGCUCAGCUCAUCAGACUUUGCUCCACCCACAGGUUCGUAAUUCGAUAACAACCAACAAGUUACUGCCUCACCCCGCCCACAGCAAACACAGCCGCAGAGCGGCGCAGGGCCGGGAACACCGCUCCGGUCUGGGGGUUCUGGGUUCCCUGUGGAGAGGCAGGAGGGAGGACCAAGAUCAGGAGGACAAUGGGGGGCAGGAGAUAUGUUCCACGAUAAAAGGCACCAGAAUUACAUCAUCAACUGGAGACAAUUACAUCAUCCUGUCACCUGUAAACCAAGGAGAGCAGCUCCCACAUCCGGGUUACAGUGGCACAAAUGGGACCAUUGGUCGUCUGUACCAGACUGAUCCAAGCAGAACUCAAAGUCUCCUCCAUAAUCCUCGAACUUGGAUGUCUCAGCGAACUACAACAAGCCAAAACUCUACUCUGCCUGUUCUACAACCCAGAACCAUGGUGCUGGGUCCACCUGGUAACCAUGGAAACUACCAGAACUGUACCAUCGUUCAGUCCCAUCUUCCACGGUCCAGUUAUGGAAAAUAUGCCUCCCUUCCACCCAAAACUCUCUUCUUCCCCAUCUUUGUCCAGCCUCUGGAUCUCUGCAGCCCGGACAGAACCCUGUGUAUGGCUGAGGAAAUGACCCUACAUAAGGCCAACCUGCUUCCUUCCAAGGUGACUGUGCUGAUCUACAGCGACCUGCUGCUGCUUACCAGAGAGGAUGAUGCUGGUCGAUGCAGUGUCCUUCAGAGCCCGCUAUACCUGAAAAUGGUCCAGUUUAGAGAAGUUCCAUCAGAACCACUCCACAUCUACUUCCUGCAAAAAUCUGACACCUGCUGGUGCUGCCUUUUCAGUUUAGAAGCAUUCAACAUCCAGCAGAAGCUCCGGGUCUGCCUCUGUCUCCACAGCAACAUACAAUCCCACAUGGUUACCAUGGAGACCCCACUACCAUACCAGUUCUCAGACCUCCCUUCAGAUUUCGACCUGCUGUCUCUCAGUCAGUCCAGCUUCCCUGGUGGCCCAUCCUCCCCCUACUCCUCUCUCUCUGACCCCUGCAGACCCCCCUCCCCCUACUCCUCUCUCUCUGACCCCUGCAGACCCCCCUCCCCCUAUUUCUCUCUCUCUGCCCCCUGCAGACCCCCCUCCCCAUACUCUCACCGUUCCCAUCUCCCCUCGUCCUCCAUGGCUUCCCCUAUAGGCCGUCCCUCCCCUCCCCUGGAAACAGUCCCCUCUCCACCUCAAUACCUUUCUUUAUCUCCCUCCUCCUUCCCUACUCCGAGGAGUCCAGUCUGGAAACAAAGAGAUGACACAGAGGAAGAGAGGGUGAAGAGGAGGGAAGAGGGGGAGGAGCGGCAGCAGGGAGAGGGGGAGAGUUCCUCUGAAACGUCAGAGAGUUUGGGGGGAUUUGUGGGCAAGGGCCUCCUGCUAAGCCCCCAGCAUAUCAAUAUAUAUAAUGAAGAGGAUGAUAGUCCAGAGGAGGAAGAUGAAGAGGAGUUAAUCUGCACACCUACAGUUCUCAGACGCUCAAUCUCUGAGGGAUCCUUGCUAAAGGAACCUAGAUCGCCCCGCUUCCCGUCAGACAGCACCAUCCACCGCCUUAUACUUGCAUCAACCUUUGAACUAAGCAACACCCUUGUUUCCUCCCCUUGUCCCAAUUCCCCUCUAACUCUAAAGAAACAACUGACCAAGGAGGGUGGAUCUCUGAACCAAAUGCUGCUGCUGCUCAACGGCUCUAAGGAUGGAACAUCCAGGACCUACAAGCUGAAGAAGAGAAAAGCCAAGAGUUUGGCUGCUGAUAUUCAGAGUCGCCUGGUAUUUCUACAGAAAUGGAAAAACUACUCUGGUUUUUGUGGCAACAGUUUAAAGAAAGCCUUAAGAAACAACCGACCAUCUGAAACGGAGGUAAAGAGGUGGGCAGAGAGUCUGGAAGCCCUGCUGGCUAAUCAGUAUGGUGUGGCAGUGUUCCAUCACUUCCUGAGGUCAGAGUUCAGUGAGGAGAACCUUGACUUCUGGUUAGCAGUAGAGAAAUUUAAGAAGACACACCCCUUUAGUAAGAUGGCUGCGCAAGCUAAGAAGAUCUACGACGAGUUUAUUUCUUCAUCUGCAGUGCGACAGGUCAAUGUGGACUCGUUUGUAAGAGACUCGACCAAUCAGAGCGUUAGAUGUGAUCUUAACCCCACAUCUUUCCAGCUGGCCCAGGAUCAGAUCUUCAGCCUGAUGGAGACUGACAGCUAUCCACGUUUCCUCAAGUCCCGCAUUUAUGCCCAGCUGGCCAACCUCAGCACAGACACAGUACUGGGGUUGUCCAAUAAUAGUAGAUCUGUCAUCUAGUUGUGUUCCAGAUCUUUGGGAGUCUGUGGUUGGCCGGCCAUGGGGGCCAAUCAGAGUUACAUUAAGCCAGCUUGAUUAUGGGAACUGUAGAAAACAGAAGUUCUGAUUAAUGAUAAAUGUGUAAAUACUUUCCUCCCGAUUUUAUCAAAGACUUAAAUAACUGUACUUUCCUUUAAACAGGAACCUUAGUUUAUCGGCUGAUUCAAUUAAAUUCAAUUCAUUUUAUUUAUAUAGAGCCAAUUCACAA